AUGUCAGAACGUCGUAGAAUUUUUUCAUCGACGAGAUUAAGCGAGAAGGAAAGAACGUUUGGAAAGGAGAACAUUUGCGAUUUAAGGCAAUCUAACAAAUUGGCUGGUACCAAUUCUCAGAAGGCUCCAUCUUUGAAAAAAACUUAUUCCAGUGAUAUUGGAGGUCCGUGCUAUUGUAAUGUGAAUGCGUGUAACAAUAUAAUUAAUAACAAUGUCAAGUCGUCGACGAAAAAGACACCGUUUCGAAUUCACUUUGAUCGUGCUGGCAACGAUCUUAACAAAGGAGUUCGCGUUCGAGAACGGAUUAUCGAGUAUGAUACUCGCAGGAUCGAGGAACUUAAGAGAAAUACACGAUUCUCGGAAAAUAAGCUUAUGUUAUGGCCAAGACGUGGUUUUUAUACGAAGAGACAACAAUCGGAAGUGAACUUGGCUCAGGAUUUGCAAAAUUUCAAGGAGAACAGGGAGCUCGUUCCUAACUCGUACGGUUCUUCUUCUGAUAAAGCGACAGUAAGAUCGGAUAAAACCAUUUUCGAUCUCAAAUUAGCAAAGCCACAGAUUUCAAUCACAAAAUCUUUGGUAGAUCUUUCCCAAGAAAGUAAACAAUCAACGUUUGUCAACAAAGUUCGCGAUGUGAGUAAACAAGAUCUUCGGCCUACACAGUCUACGUACGUUGAAAAGAAAGAAUUGGUGGUUACGACAUCUCACUUACGCUCCAGAUCUUGUUCCAAUCAACGAACAGUCGUUGUAACAAGGAGCAGAAUAGCUUCAACUGGUUCUACAAACGAAGCUUUUGUCGAUCUACAGAAACAACAAGGUGGAUCCAAUAAAUGCAAGGCAUUCGAUGUCAAUAAAGAUUCGUUGUUUGCGGGUUAUUCGACUAUACUUUCCACCGAUACGUUGAAGAAUCAAGCUAUUUCUAAAGACUCAAAUAAGUCUGAGUCUUUAGAUAUUUUAAUUUGUCGAGGAAAGAAAUCGCAUGAUCAGGAAAGGCAACCAUUGUUGGAUACGAUUCCAUCGAAGGUACGAGGGAAAGUAAAAAACGAUUGGGAAGUCGUUAAACAGAAUACUGAUUUUUCCCCAUAUUUGUUAUAUCAUACCGAUUAUCUCGUUGAUUUGUUGACGAUUGAAAAAGAGAAGGAAGAUAAUUCACUGAAAUUGUCUUCUGGAUUUAUCAAUAAAUAUGCUAAUAACGAACCGAGAAAUAUAAUAGUCGCUUUUCUCAUACAUCUUGCUACACAUUGCCGUUAUCCGUCAUUCAUUCUCUAUCAAGCGGUGAAACUUUUUGAUAUUAUUCUCGAUAAAAUUCCUAUAGAUAUAACGGACAUGCAAUUAGUAGCAAUAACAGCGUUAUGGAUUGUUCUGAAGAAAGAUGGAAACUUCAAUAACAUUCCAUCGGCAACUGUGAUGCUCGCUCUAAUUCCAGAUCAACAAUAUACUAACGUAGACAUAUUGGCCGAAUGGGAAAGAGUGGUCUUGCGUUCUCUCAAAUUUAAUAUAUCAUUUUCCGAUCCAUUUUCUAUUUUCGUUUUUUAUGUGAUUAAUUGCGAUUACGAUCAGGAUAAGAUUUCCAACCGUACCAUCACCAAGAUCUAUUAUUGCGGAGGUUAUGUUAUCGAUUUGACGUUAUUGGAUGUGAGCUUUAGUUGUAUAACGUCGAAUCAUUUGGCUCUUGCUGCAGCCGAAUUAGUAAUGUGCAUUGUCCUGGACAGUGAUUUAUCAAAUCCUCGAUGGCAUUUCUGGAGACGUAUUAUAACAGAUGGUAUUAACAUUCCAAUGAGGAUUUAUGAUGAUGAGAUCAAUGUGUUAAGAUCAACUAUGAUCUCUCACAUUUUGGAGUCAGAGAAAAAGCAUACAAAGGAGGAGACGGUAAAAAAAAGAUAUAGCCACAAUAGAUACGGUAAUAUUUCUAACUUUCUUCUAGAGAAGAUAAAGGAAAUACCGUCUGAAAAUUAUUCAAUAUCUAUGUAAUUCUCUUAUUCGCUUUUAUUUCUUGACUGUUUUUUUUUAUUUAAUAUUUUUUGUUAUUAUAUUUGUCAUACAUUAUAUAUAUCCGUCUAAGAGGGAUAAAAAAAAUUUAAUUUAUCAUUUAGAGUAGUUAUAGAAUUAUUAGGAGAAAAUAAAUAUUUCGAUUACAUCACACUUUCUUUAACUCUGUUACAUUCUAUAGUACUUCAAAUCGAAUCACAAUAUAUACACACAUUAUCACUUGAAUCUUAUACAAAUACGUUUUAGAAA